AUGCCCCCGAAGGGUGGCAGUAACGCAAACAACAAGAAUCAACAGCAGAGUGGCAAGAAGGGCAAGAAGAGCAAUGCUGAUGACGACUUCGACGCACUGCUCGCGGAUGCGGUGAAGGAGGCCCAAGUGACAAAGUCCAAGCAGCAAACUAGCGGCAAAACCCAUCAAAACAACAAGAUGCACACGGAGCAGAAGGGAGGCAGCAAGGCGGCGGAGAGCAGUGAAAACUCGGCGCCCACGGUAGUCAGCACUGCCGACCACCCAGACAAUCCGUACCCACAGGUGGCACAGGGCAUGAAGCGACAGACGUGGCCGGAGCCGACAGUUCCUGUGUGCAUGCAGUUCGCUAGCGGGCACUUCCCCCAGGGCGAGAUACAGGAGCAUCCGGGUGAGGUCAACACGUACCGCCACAGUAGCGAGGAGAAGCGUGCUCUCGAGCGUGCGACGGAGCAGGAGGUACAGGAGCUGCGGCACGCGGCGGAGGUGCAUCGCCAGGUGCGCCGCUACGCACAAAGCUUUAUCAAGCCUGGCAUCUCGCUCAUCUCCAUGACAAACCGCAUCGAGCGUAAGUUGGAGGAGCUCAUCGUGAAGGAUGGCCUCACGCGUGGGCAGGCGUUCCCAACCGGAUGCUCUCUCAACAACGUCGCCGCGCACUACACGCCCAACACUGGCGACAAUACUGUCCUGACCUACGACGAUGUGAUGAAGGUGGAUUUUGGCACACAGAUCAAUGGCAGAAUCAUCGACUCCGCGUGGACAGUUGCCUUCAAGGACGAGUACACGCCGCUGCUCACCGCCGUAAAGGAGGCGACGUACGAGGGCGUGAAGCAGGCUGGCAUCGACGUGCGUCUGUGCGACAUUGGCGCGGCGAUACAGGAGGUGAUGGAGUCGCACGAGGUGGAAAUCAAUGGCAAGGUGUACCCGGUGAAGAGCAUCCGCAACCUCUCUGGCCACAACAUCGGACCGUACGUCAUCCAUAGCGGCAAAUCAGUGCCGAUUGUGCGCGGCGGGGAGGCAGUGCGCAUGGAGGAGGGCGAGCUGUUCGCCAUCGAGACAUUCGGCUCCACCGGCCGUGGUGUGGUGCAGGAGGACAUGGAGUGCUCGCACUACAUGAUGGUGCCGGGCGGCGAGGCAACGCAGGUGCGCUCCGACAAGGCACAGCAGCUGCUGCGGCACAUCCACAAGACGUACGGCACGCUCGCCUUUGCGAGGAAGUGGCUUGACCGCGACGGCUACGACCGGCACCUGCUGAACCUCAGCCAGCUGGUGGAUUCGGGGGCGGUGAACAAGUACCCCCCGCUCUGCGACGUGCGCGGCUGCUACACCGCGCAGUUUGAGCACACCAUUCUGCUGAAGCCGACGGCGAAGGAGGUGCUCUCCAAGGGCGACGACUACUAG